GCCAAUCGUAUUUGAAGACAGAAGAGUGUGACCAAUAGCGUUGCACUUGACUAUAAAAGGAAAUAAGAAACGAGACUGCGCAUUGAGGGUCGCUAGAAUCAUCUCACGACAGCACGCCGCUUUUGGCCUUUCUCUCAGUUUCUUUUAUCGUUGUCACGAAUAACACGAUUCGAGGUGUGAUAAAAUAAUUGCGUCUCGCUGAAAUAGUUACUUUAUCGCAAUGUCAACGGUAGCAAGUCCUUUAGCCGUUGGAGGCAUUCGACAAUCAGGAGCACCGGUUCGAACACAAAAUGUCAUGGCUGCCUGUGCUAUCGCUAAUAUAGUUAAAAGUUCUUUGGGCCCAGUUGGUUUGGAUAAGAUGUUAGUUGAUGAUAUUGGUGAUGUUACUGUUACUAAUGAUGGAGCAACUAUCUUGCGUUUAUUAGAAGUUGAACAUCCAGCUGCACGAGUUUUGGUUGAAUUAGCACAAUUACAAGAUGAAGAAGUUGGAGAUGGAACUACUUCAGUUGUGAUAGUAGCAGCUGAACUCUUGAAAAAUGCAGAUGAGCUUGUAAAGCAAAAGAUUCAUCCAACCUCAGUAAUUAGUGGAUAUAGACUUGCUUGCAAAGAAGCAUGCAAAUAUAUUCAAGAACAUUUAACUGUUAAUGUGGACGAACUUGGACGAGAUUGCUUAGUUAAUGUUGCAAAAACAUCUAUGUCUAGCAAAAUUAUUGGAGCUGAUGCCAAUUUCUUCGGAAAUAUAGUAGUUGAUGCUGCUAAUGCGGUGAAAAUCAGUGAUGCCAAGGGAGGUUAUCUGUAUCCUAUUAAAGCAGUCAAUGUUUUGAAGGCUCAUGGAAAAAGCGUCCGGGAAUCAGUUUUGGUCCAAGGAUAUGCUCUAAAUUGUACUGUUGCUUCCCAAGCGAUGCCGAAGAGGAUAGUAAAUGCAAAGAUUGCAUGUUUGGACUUUUCGUUACAAAAAGCGAAGAUGAAAAUGGGCGUUGAAGUACUUAUUACAGAUCCCGAAAAAUUGGAGGCUGUUCGUCAACGCGAAGCAGAUAUCACUAAGGAACGCAUUCAAAAGAUUCUUGCUGCUGGAGCCAAUGUGAUUCUUUUAUCUGGUGGCAUUGACGACUUAUGCUUGAAGUAUUUCGUUGAAGUUAAGGCUAUGGCAGUGCGUAGAUGCAAAAAGUCUGACUUGAAAAGAAUCGCUAAAGCUACAGGUGCGCAAUUCCUCACUUCACUGACUAAUAUGGAAGGAGAGGAAAGUUUCGACACCAAUUUCCUAGGAGAAGCUGUAGAAAUAGUGCAAGAAAUGAUAUGCGACGACGAGCUUAUUCUUAUCAAAGGUCCUAAGGCGCGUACGGCUAGUUCCAUUAUUUUACGUGGACCAAAUGAUUAUUAUUGCGAUGAAAUGGAGCGUUCCAUACAUGAUGCAUUAUGUGUUGUCAAAAGAGUCUUGGAAAGCAAAAGUGUCGUUGCGGGUGGAGGUUGCGUAGAGGCUGCGCUCUCUAUAUAUUUGGAGAACUUUGCGACAUCAUUGAGUUCUCGAGAACAACUUGCUAUAGCGGAAUUUGCAAGAUCUUUACUAAUUAUACCGAAAACGUUAGCCGUAAACGCUGCGCAAGAUGCAACCGACCUAGUCGCUAAACUUCGAGCUUAUCAUAAUUCCAGUAUAACGAAAUCAGAUCUUGCAGAUUUAAAAUGGGUGGGUCUUGAUUUGCUAGUAGGAAAUAUAAGAGAUAACAAGAAAGCUGGUGUGUUAGAACCUGCAAUUUCGAAAAUUAAAUCUUUGAAAUUUGCUACUGAAGCGGCCAUAACUAUUCUUCGAAUCGAUGACAUGAUUAAAUUGGAUCCUGAGCGACCAAAAACUAAAUCAUAUCAAGAUGCCAUGGAGGCCGGCGAAUUGGAAGAUUAAUAUUAAAAUGCAUUUAUGCUAAAGUGCGAUAUGUUUAUAAGAGAAAAAUGUAAAAGAUUUAUAAAUCUUUCACACUGCAUAUACGAAAUAUACGUCACGAGAUAAUCAGAUUAAUUAAUGAUACCAACAUUUGCAACUAACUGCUCGUAUAUCAUAUAUAAUUUCACUUUAUGUUGAUGUAAACUAUCGCUAUCUAAAAA